AUGAGUAGCAAACGCGGGAGAUCGGUAACAGCCGCGAUCUUCAUCUUCUUCGCCUUGUCAUGCUUGAAUUCAAUCUCAACUACUCAGGUUGGAGAUUCUGAUGAAAUGUCUGAUCCCGACACGUUUUGUAUCUCCGACCAAUACAUUAUGCAGUCUUAUUUCACGACACAGAGCUCCUUAAACGACUCAGAGUUUCGAAACUUCCUGCUUCUUCAUCAUCAAUGUCCUGAGAAUAUUCCUUCUGAAGAUGUUCCUGUUGUAGCAAUGCUACAACACAGAGACAUAACAGGUGAAGGUUCGCAUCGUCAUCUACUUACAUCCAUCAAGCUUCGUCCUUUUCACUCACACGAGCUUGUGAUCGUUGAACGUUUGCCUUUGGGUGUUUUUGCUGACCCUUUUGAGCUUCAGAGUCUUCAGCAACGCAGUGCUUUUAGAGACGUUUCUGUGUUUGGAGACACGGAUCUCGAGCAGCCUUCGUUCAGAUCAAACAGGUCUGUCGUUGAGAUUCAUGUCGAAAUCAAUGGAAGUGGGGAAAUCAGCGUCAAGCUUCCUUUACAUGCUCGGUAUCAGCCUAUUGGGGAGAAUGGAUACUCUAGAGUGGAAUUUGGAGAGCCAGAUUUGUUCUUGUGUUCUAGACAUGUACUGAACAAGGGGCAAGAGCAGAGAAGAUGUUUGGUUUUGUCGAUUGGCAGAUCAAAGACCCAAACCAGAUCCGUUGUAUGGGAAAUCCCUGCAGGAAUCAGAAGUCAUACAGAGUAUGUUUCUGUUAUUACAUUUGUGGCUGCGGUUUUAUCCGCAUUAUCAAUCCUUGUUGCAUCUGUCUUAAGCUCUAAGGUUGAGUCUUGCAAGAUCACAAAGCAGUUAUGA